CCAAAUACUUGUAUUCCUCACAAUUUCUAAUGAACUUCCUUCGAAAAUGAAAUUAUCGUGCUCCGUCUUCCCUUUUAAAGGAGAAAAUCAUGAUUAAAAAGGUAUGAAUGGGGGGGAGAAGAUAACCCCAACUGUACAACGCGUUCCCGUCAUUUUACUAUCCGUACAAACAUAGCACGUGCUGAACAUGGGGUGCUUUUGUUAUUUAUCCAUGGCGUGGAUGUGAUAUAGAGGAUGACAACGGCAAUGGCAGGGGCAUUGGCUGUAGGAGUUCAUUACAUAGUGCGAAAGCAAGAAUGGCAUCCGCUGCCCAUCUCCCUGCGGAAUAAUGUUACAACGUGCGGCUUAAAACAACACGAAAAGAGGAGGGGAGAUAUUAAAUGGGCGCCAAGGAACAGUGAGAGGGCGCAGCGAGCUUUCCGUAUCAACACUAGAAAAUCACUCGGAAUCAAACCUGUCCCUCAAAAGCGUUUGGUAAAGACUGUUGUGCAGACUCUUGUCGAAUCCAUUCAUAAGAGGCACUGGCAAAAUGCUCUUAAGUUUUUCGGAAUGCUACGUGAACAGUCAUGGUAUGAGCCAAACCUAAAUACAUACAGAAAGCUUAUAGUCUUGCUUGGCAGGUGCGGGCAACCAGAUCAAGCUCAUUCACUUUUCCAAAUGAUGAAGGAAGAAGGAUGUCAACUAGAUGCUGAAGUCUACACUGCUCUCAUUUCUGCUUAUAGCAGAAGUGGUCUUCUUGACAAGGCAUUUGCUACUCUGGACGAAAUGAAAAGCAUUUCUGAAUGCCAACCUGAUGUCUUUACAUACAGUACACUUAUAAAGUAUUGUUUUGAAGCUUCUAUGUUUAAACAUGUUGACAGUUUACUCAAAGAAAUGCAAAGCCAUGGAAUCAUGCCUAGCACUGUAACAAAAAAUAUACUUAUAGAUGGAUAUGGAAAAGCAGGCAUGUUUGAAGAAAUGGAAAAUGUUCUUUCGCAUAUGUUAACGGAUGAUACUUGUAAGCCGGAUGAAUGGACGAUGAAUGCCAUUCUAAAGGCCUUUGGUUAUAGAGGAGAGAUUGAGAUAAUGGAAAAACGGUACAAGAUAUUUCAAAGCAUGGGGAUUCAGCCUGAUAUAUGGACAUUUGAAAUACUAAUUGGUUCUUAUGCUAAAGAAUGUUUGUAUGAUAAAAUGGCUGCUGUCAUGGAGUAUAUGCAGAAAUCUUCUCUCUCAUGGACAACUAAAACCUAUAAUACUGUCAUUGAUGCAUUUGGAGGAGCAGGUGAAAUUGAGCUGAUAGAGUUUGUUUUCAAUCAAAUGAGAUUGGAGGGUGUCAAGCCAGAUUCUACAACUUUCAUUGCUCUUAUUAAUGCAUAUGCUAAAGCAGGAGUCUUCAAACAAAUCAUAAAUAUUGUGCAAUAUGCUGAGAAUUCCAACAUUAUACUUGAUGCAACUUUUUUCAAUUCAGUAAUUGAUGCCUGCCAAAGGUCUCAAAAUUUCCCUGAAAUGGAGAGGGCAUUUAAAGAAAUGAAGGAUAGAGGCUGCACACGUGAUUGGGUAGCUUUUACUAACAUGAUGGAAGGCUCUUUAAAGGCAGGCAUGCCUGAGAAGGUGAAAGAUCUGGAACAAGAAAUGCAAAGCAUAAAGUUGACUGCAGUUUAGCAUUCCAAUUAAGCCAAAGCCAACAAAUUUGAUGAAUAUAUUGUCGCUUCUUGAAGAAUAGAAAACAUAAUGGAAUAUCAUCCUUAUUUAUUGCAACGUUGGUGAAAUCUGUGAAUCUGUAGAAUUUAUUUGGUCUGCUACCUUCUUUGAAGCAUGUUACAGAUGGAUACAAAAAUAAAGGUUGUAGAGUAGGUUGUAAAGAAGAUUCUUGUAUUGAAUCUAUCAACUUUGGAUGUUUAUUUGUCAAAAAUGCAGUGAUAUAUAUAUAUAUAUAUAUAUCUUUUGAUACCUUAAUGGAAUAACACUGCAUUGCAAAUGUGGUGGUCAUGGAACUUGGGCUUGGAGCAGAUUUUAUCUGUUUGUUUAGUUUCAUAAUUUGACACAAAGCCUUGUGUAAUUAUAAUUGUGUAAUAUAAUCCGAUUAGAUUGUAUUUACUA